UACUGUCUAACACAGGGAAGGUUGCGUGCAGGUGCGGGGCAACAGGAGAGAGAGAACCGACAACCCGCAGAGACAACCGGGGGAUACACCGCAGCCGCUCGGUUGAUUGUGAGCCCGAGGACCGACUCCAGCCCGCCGGUGGGGAUUAUCACUGUCUCCAGCUGCAUUGGAUGACGCUUCCAUCCUGGUGUCGGACUACGUUCAGCAGCGCUACCAUGCCGUCUCUGCGACACUCCUACACGGUCACAGUACCGGAGGAACCGGCCGCGUUCAUCCCCUCAGACAAACCCGAGCUGCGGCGAAAGAGUCCGUCGUUGUCCCGGUCCAAGCUGGUGUCCACAUUCAUGGGUCUGAUCAUCAACCAGGCCAAGAACAAGAGUCCUCAAGGCCUGGUGGGGCUAAGGAACCUGGGCAACACCUGUUUCAUGAACUCCAUCCUACAAUGUCUGAGCAACACUCCCGAGCUGAGAGACUACUGCCUGAGAAAUGUCCAUCGCACAGACCUCAACAACAACUGCAGGACUAACGCCGCUCUCAUGGAAGAGUUUGCAAAGCUGACUCAGAGCCUGUGGACUUCUGUGACCAACGAGGCCAUCAGUCCCUCUGACUUCAGGAGCCAGAUCCAGAGAUACGCUCCCAAAUUCGUGGGCUGCAAUCAGCAGGACGCCCAGGAGUUCCUUCGCUUUUUAUUGGACGGUCUCCAUAAUGAGGUGAACAGAGUGACUGUCCGUCCGAAGGUGUCCGUCGAGGACUUUGAUCACCUCUCGGAUGAUGAAAAAGGCAAGCGGAUGUGGAAUAUGUACUUGGAGAGGGAAGACAGCAAAGUAGUGGACCUGUUUGUUGGACAGCUGAAGAGCUCUGUGACCUGCACCGUCUGUGGCUUCCGCUCCACCGUGUUUGAUCCAUUCUGGGACCUAUCAAUACCUGUUGCACAGAAGAGCUCAGGCGAAGUGACUCUCAGAGACUGCUUGAGACUCUUCACGAAAGAGGAUGUGCUGGACGGAGAAGAGAGACCGACCUGCAACAGAUGCAAAGCCAGAAGGAAAUGCACCAAAAGAUUCAGCAUUCAGAAGUUCCCUCAGAUCCUCGUGCUUCAUCUGAAGCGGUUUUCAGACUCCAAUAUCCGAGCCAGCAAACUCUCCACUUAUGUCAACUUCCCUCUCAAAGAGCUGGACCUGCGGGAGUUCGCCUCGGAGAGCAGCGAGCGCGCCGUGUACAACCUGUAUGCGGUGUCCAACCACUCGGGGAACGCCUUGGGAGGCCAUUACACGGCCUACUGCAGGAACCCGGCGCUGGGGGAGUGGUACAGCUACAACGACGCCAGGGUGAGCCCGGUGUCCUCCAGCCAGGUUCGCAGCAGCAACGCCUAUGUCCUCUUCUACGAACUGGCCCCCUCCCCACACAGCAAAUAUCAGACGUGCCGGCUUUAGACGCUGCAGAGGAGUGAUAAGCUGCACUAAACUAGGGGCCUAAACAUGGAGUCAGAAGACACUGCCUGCUGUGAGACAGCUCCACCUAGUGGAGAGAGUACUGCCAUUACAUUACAGACUGUGAAUGUGGAGCACAAAGACAUGUUGCAGAGAUAGAGAAAGAGAGAGAGAACGCCCUCUGACCUUCCUCUUGGCGUGUUUUUGAGGGAGAAGGGCGGAUGUGGAAGCACAUUUGCGCUUCGGGAUUUCAAGCUGAGCUCAGAUGUUGGGUGGAAACUGAAGUGACGCUGAGGAGAUACGACCUCCGUUGUCAAAAAGUGCAGAGAUUCAGCUCAAGGCACAGCUGCAAGUCAAAUUUAGAAUGCAGAGUAUAAGAAAAUCCUUAAAAAAAAGACAUUUUACAGCUGUGCCUGGACUUGAAUCUAUACCCACUCGAGUGGAUUUGUCUUCUUUUUUCAUGCACUUUGAACAUGGACUAUUAACCUUAAGGACAUUAUUAUUAUUAUUAUUAUUAUUGUUGUUAUUAUUAUUAUUGUUAUUAUUAUUACGUGAGGACAUUACAGAGACUUGUUUUCACACACUGCAAGAUAUAAUUUAUUCUAUUUAACAUAAUGCCAGUAACUGAAAGUGCAUACUGUAAAUGUCAUUUAACAAAGCCUUAUGGUUUCCUCUUAGAACAGUGGAAAUCCACUAAUGUAGCGAGGAAGUUUUGUGUCGAAGCACAUUUUAUUUUUGUACAGUAUUUAUGGACAGCGCAGUGAAUGUAACUGUACUGUGGGAAAGCCAGACAAACCAAAGCAAGCUGUGUAAAAUUGCAUCAACAAUACUUCUUCCAGCAAUAAUGUUGCUGACUUUGCAUCCAAGUCAGUUCCGAGUCUAUGAAUGAUUAAAAUUCAAUG